AUGAAAAGAGUAGAAGCACUGGUGCUCCUCGGCACCUUGUCAACCUCUAUUCUCGCCGCAGAACCAUCACGACCUCGCGGUGUAGGACCAGAUUUUGCUAAAUUCUACAAGUCCGCGGAUACUUUCACAUGUAUUUCCCACCCGGAAAUCUCCCUCUCGCCUUCCCAGAUCAACGAUGAAUACUGCGAUUGCCCCGAUGGUUCAGACGAACCUGGUACCGCUGCGUGUACUUACCUCUCGAGUCUCUCUCCACCACAGCCUCUCGCGGGGUCCGAAAAUACAUCAUUAGCAUUGCCUGGGUACUAUUGCAAGAAUAAAGGGCACAUCCCAGGGUAUAUCCCGCAUAUGUAUGUCAACGAUGGCGUCUGCGAUUAUGAGCUUUGCUGUGAUGGGAGCGAUGAAUGGGCUGGUGUGGGAGGCACGAAAUGCGAGGACAAAUGUAAGGAGAUUGGGAAGGAGUGGAGACGGCUGGAUGAUAUCAGGACGAAGAGUCUGCGGAAUGCGCUGAAGAGGAAGGAUGCGUUGUUGAAAGAUGCGGGGGAGAAGCGUGCGGGGCUGGAGACUAGUAUUUCCAAUCUUGAGAGCGAGAUUAGGGUUCUGGAACAUAGAGAGCAGGAUCUGAAGAAGGUGUAUGAGGAUGUGGAGAGGCGGGAGCGGGGGAGGGUGGUGGGUGGGAGCACGACGGGGAAGGUGUCUAAGGUUACGGUUCUUGCUGGGCUGGCGAAGGCGAGGGUUGAGGAGUUGAGAAGUACGUUGUUGGGGGUUGUGGAGAAGAGGAAUAAGUUGAAGGAGAAGGUUGCGGAGCUUGAGGGCAUUUUGGCGAAGUUUAAGGAGGAGAGGAAUCCGAAUUUUAAUGAUGAGGGUGUGAAGAGGGCCGUGCAGGCUUGGGAGGAUUAUGCUGCCAAUAGACAGGGCGGUGAGGAUGAUGCUAGUGAGAGGGAUGUGGAAGCUGUUUCGAAGGAGGAUUCCGAGAGUGAGGGGAUUAAUUGGAAGGAGUGGGAGACGGAGGAGGAGGAGAGUGAUGUUGAAGCUAUCUACAAGUUCGAGGAAUAUCUUCCAGAAGGAGUUCGCACCUGGGUCCACCAGAAGAUCAUCGACAUGCGCAUCAUGCUCGUGGAAAACGGUAUCCUCGCCGACAACGCCAACAGCGGCUCAGAAUCCAAAGCCGUUUCUGACGCCCGCGCUUCAUACCAAUCCGUCUCUGACGACCUCAACGCCAAACGUGUCACCCUCGGCGAGUCUCAAACGGACCUCACCAAAGACUACGGACCCAACGACAUCUUCCGCGCCCUCAAAAACGUCUGCAUCUCCAAAGACUCAGGCGAAUACGAAUACGAGCUCUGCUGGAUGGAAAACACGAAGCAGAAAUCCAAGAAAGGGGGUGGUAGCACGGGGAUGGGUAAUUUCGUACGCUUCGAUAAGGCGGUGUAUGAUGAGGAGGUCGGAGCUGAUGGGAAGGGGGUCGGCAAGGGAGAGCGCGUCACGAUGAGCUAUGAGAAUGGCCAGCAUUGCUGGAAUGGCCCGAAUCGGCAGACGCUUGUCGUCCUGGCAUGUGCGGAGAAGGAUGAGAUUUGGAGGGUGGUGGAGCAGGAAAAGUGUAUGUAUAGGAUGGAUGUGGGGACGCCGGCGGUUUGUGAGAGGGGUGGGAGUGGUGGGAAUGGUGGGGAGAAGGGGAAGGGGAAGGAUGAGUUGUAG